AUGUCCAAGCUGGACCGUCGUAACCAGAAUCGUCAGCGUCAACUCGAGAAGCAGAAGGAGCAUCGCCUCGAGUCCUCUAUUUUCUCGGGGCGUGAUGCCGCCCCGCGAAAUGUUGCUGUUAUUCCCCUGUGCGGUGACUGUGAUGCUGCUGCCGCUGUUCGGGCUCUGAACAGCAGCCUCGAUACCGAGACAGCGAUCAACUCGACGGGGGGCGCACUGCGCGUUCCCAUUGAGCGUUUCAAGCAACAACUUCAGUACAUCGUCGUUCCCUCCGACCGCGAUAUACUUGCGAGCAUUGACGCUGCGCGUGCUGCGGACUUUGUUUUGCUCAUAAUCUCUGCCACUGAAGAGGUUGACGAGCGCGGCGAGCUAAUUCUGCGCAGUGUGGAGAGCCAGGGCCUAUCGACACUGUUCACCACUGUGCACGGCCUGAACAGCAUCGAAUCCGCAAAGCAGCGCUCGAGCACGCUCGAUUCACUCAAGUCAUUUAUGCGGCACUUCCAUCCCGAUCAAGAGAAGCUUUUUGCACUCGACAACCGCCAAGAUUGCUCCAACCUGAUCCGGUCACUGUGCAGCUCCACACCAAAGGGAAUCCACUGGCGCGACGAGCGCAGCUGGAUGUUUGUGGAGGACGUUCAGUUCGGCUCAACAGACGACGAUGCGGCAGCCGUGCUGACGGGCGUCAUUCGCGGCCGCGGUCUCAAGGCCGACCGCCUGGUGCAGGUUGGUGACUGGGGUACUUUCCAAAUCGACAAGAUCACAGCGGCAAACCUCGACCACAGGAAGCCCAAGGCUGCCGCUGCCGAGCCCAUGUCUGUGGAUGGCCCGGAAGGCGAAGAGGGCGUGCUAGAUGUCGCCAGCGAGGACCGCGAUGAUCUGGCCGAGCUGGCUCCGGAGGGCGCCCUGCUCAGUGACAGCGAAGAUGAUGAAAUGGACGCCGACGACAUGGACGGUCGGUCAGCCGCUACUGCGAGUCGUAAAGGUGUGCUUCUCGACGAUCACCACUACUUUUCGGAGGAAGAAGAUAAAAAAGCGUUGCCUGCCAGACGUCUUCCCAAGGGCACGUCGGAGUACCAGUCUGCCUGGAUUCUCGACGAUGCGACAUCCGAGUCGGGCUCCGACAUGGACGACGACGAAGAUGAGGCCAUGGCUGGGAAUGAGGGCGACAAUGGAGAGAAGGCGCACCCAGCCGACGGCAUGGAGGGCAUUGCCCAGUAUGCACCGACCGAACCGGGCGCUGGACCGUCCGAGUACCCACAAUCGGAGGCGUACAUUGAACAGGAUGACGAGAAAGAAGCUGAGCAGCUCGCGCUCUACAGAUCGCAGAAGAGAUCGGAGGCGGAGGACGAUCUGGAGUACCCUGACGAAAUUGAGCUCCACCCGAAUGUUUUAGCGCACCAGCGGUUGGCCCGAUACCGUGGCCUAAAGAGUCUUCGCUCCAGCCGAUGGAACGAGAAGGAGGACCGCCCACAUGAGCCCGAAGAUUGGCGGCGCUUACUGCGCAUUCCCGAUUACCGUGCGUCCCGUAUCCGGUCGACUCGUGAGGCUCUGAUCGGCGGCGUUGCUCCAGAGACGGUUCGGGCAGCCUACAGCCCCAGUAAACCCGUGACGCUGUUUUCUCUGUUCCGGCACGAGAACAAGCAGACCGUUGUCAACUUCCUCAUCAACCUCAGUGCGGAAGAGCCGCGGUCGAUCAAGUCCAAGGAGGAGAUCAUUGUCCAAUGCGGUCCUCGGCGCCUGGUUGUCAACCCUCUUUAUUCGCAGAGCGGAGUUACACCCAACGACGUACACAAGUUCUCCCGGUUCCUGCACCCGGGCCAGUCGGCCGUGGCUAGCUUUGUCGGUCCCGUCACCUGGGGCUCCGUGCCUACACUUUUUUUCAAGCUUGUGACAAACAGCACCGUGCCCUUGUUGCCAGGCGUUUCCGCCCCCCCAAACAUGAGACUGAUUGGUACCGGCACGGCUCUCCCGCCUUCAACGUCGCGUGUUGUCGCAAAACGUGUGGUCCUUACCGGCCACCCUUACCACAUCCACAAGAAGAUCGUGACCAUCCGGUACAUGUUCUUCAACCGGGAGGACGUUGAGUGGUUCAAGGCCUUGCCGUUGUGGACGAAGAGAGGCCGGAGUGGUUACAUUAAGGAGCCACUCGGCACACACGGUUAUUUCAAGGCGACGUUCGAUGGCCGCAUCAACCCGCAGGACAGUGUUGGUGUCAGUCUGUACAAGCGGGUGUGGCCGCGGAAGGCUAUACCUUUCCAAGAGUGGGCCUCCACCACAGCAUCCGACAAUCUAGUGCAGCCGGACGGCGAUGAGAUGGACGAAGACAUGGCAUAA